AUGUCCCUAAUAUUCCCUACUUUAUUAUUAUUCUCUUUAAUUACUUUUACAUUGGCUGAUUCUGCCCUCAAAAACCGUUGUUACAGUUGUGCAUCAGAAAAUAUGAAAGAAGAUUUCCUUUCACGUGAUCGAGGUCCGCCUGGACGUGUUAAAGAACCUAAACUUUAUGAUUCGAUGUGUGAUUUAGAUUCGUGGUUAAUAAGAGAUAAAAGUUCGGUUGAUUGUAAUGGACCUUGUUUUAAAUGGCAACAAAUUUUAAAUAAUUCUGGAGUUUUAUCGUAUUCUACAAUACGUGAUUGUUAUGAAAGGGUGAGGGAGAAAGAAAAUAAUGUAACUUAAAUGUCUCAAUAGAAGCCCGUCUCUAAUAGAAACUUAUUCAAUAUUGAAAGCCACUCAAUGGGAACUAUUUAAAAAUAACUGCCCGCUCAGGGUCCCUAUUAGGACUGAAAUAUGUGGAUUAAAAUUCAUUCACUUUCCUUUUAAAAAUACUAAAGAGUGG